CAGCCUCCAGCUAUCACGUGUCCAGAUGACGUCAUCGCAUACACCAAGCAUGGUCAGAACACAACCAUCUUCCAUUGGCAAAGCAACAAACCCACGAUACGUGAUAACUCGUAUAAUUUCACGUAUCAGGUGAAUGGGCAGGUGUCGAACAUCUUCUUGGUUGGUCUCCACGUGUUGCAGUAUGUUGUAAGAGAUUCUGCUGGUAACCAGGCUCAGUGUAACAGGAAAAUCAAUGUCAUAGGGCGUAAUGCAAAAGUCAUAUUCUGCCCCGCAAACAUCACCAUUGCCAAUGUCACCAGCCAAUCCAUGACUGUCCAUUGGCCUGAUCCCAUCUUCUUGGACCAGGACAACGAGACGCUCAACUAUCACUGCUCCAGGGGUAGCGGUGAUAGGUUUUCUUUAGGCGUUCAUCAAGUGCAUUGUUACCCUGAUGGUUUCCAGGAGGUCGUCUGCCAGUUUUCUGUCAAUGUCACGGCAAAAUCUUGUAAAAGAUUGCCAGAGCCUCAAAAUGGUGUAGCUGUUUGCCACAAGGGUGCCCAGUUUCUCUUGCAGUGCAGUGUCAUGUGUAACGAACAAUAUGAUUUCGCUUUCCCACCAUCGGAUUAUUAUUACUGUGAUAGCAACGGCAAUUGGAUGGAAAAGUGGCCUCAUUGUUCUCGAACGUACAGGAGUGGGCGUGCAAGACUACGUGGUGAGGUGAAGUAUCAUUAUUAUGGCGGGUCAUGUCUGGAUGUCACAGUCAAGGAGCAUAUUCGCAUCAUGAGUUGGCAAAAGUUGACAUCGUAUUCAAGCAGUAUUUGCACCCAACUUGAUAUCAAGUGUAACUUAAAAGAUGUACGUGUUCAUUGUCACGUGAGUCUACCGUCACAUGUCCUGAUGCAGAAUGGAGAAGCACCAUCUUACACAACUGGUGGGCCUGUCACGAAACACAUUUUUGAAAAUGAACCAUCGGAUGGUGAUUCUGAAGGUCAAAGGUCAGAUUCACAGGGUCAGAGGUCAUACUUUGAAGGUGAUUAUCACUACAGGCCACGUAGGUCUGUUCGUCCUGUGGCAGAUGGACUAGAAGGCGGAGAUGGAGUUGAAGAUGACGACAAAACGAAAGACGAUGGAACAGGAAAAGACGCGGCACACGAAAACGUUACAUUUUUAGUCGAAUUCUCCAUUGAGGCUGAAGCAGACGCGAGCGUUCCUAUCACCAAAACAAUGCAGACGGAUUUAAAGUAUAAACUUUUGGAUAUUGAAUAUGAAGUAAACAAAGAAGGCCUUGGGGUGAACGUUUCAGCUCAACUUGUCGCUGAUCUCGGGAUGAAUAUGACUGUAGGGUUUGUGACAAAUUGUACAAUUGGACAGAUUUUGGUAUUGGAGGAUUACAGUGCACGAUGUGUAAACUGCCCUAUCGGCAGCUACCACAAUGGGGUAGAUUGCAAACUCUGCCAAGUUGGUUUCUACCAGGAUGAGGAAGCAAGUACGGAGUGUGAAGUCUGCCCGGACAAGAAGAUGACAAUGGGACCUGGGGCUAUUGCAUUUGAAGACUGUUCUGAUCCAUGUCGACCAGGUACAUUUUCAGUGACGGGUCUGGAGCCAUGUGAUCCCUGUGACUUUGGGACAUAUCAAGUUGAGUCCAGAGCUAAGAGAUGUCACAGUUGCCCACCGGGAACUGGGACCCUCAGUAUCAGAGCAAGCUUUUCUUACGAAUGUAUCGAUGAAUGUCGUCCAGGAUAUUACAGUCCUUCCUCAGGUCUGGAGCCAUGCGUUCCCUGUCCUUUCAACACGUACCAACCAAACCCUGGUGCCCAGGUCUGUCACAGCUGUCCAGAUCUGAAGGAGACCUUGAACAUUGGGGCAGACAGUUUGCAUUCUUGUAUAGACAUUGACUACUGUCAAGAGAACGUCUGCCCACACGGUCGAUGCAUCAAUGGAAAAGGCGGCUUUAGUUGUGAUUGUGAUGCUGGAUGGACCGAUGACGACUGCUCUGCGGAGGUCAAUGAGUGCAUGUCAUCACCCUGCCAACAUGAAGCUACAUGUGUCGAUGAGGUCAAUGGGUACAAUUGUAAAUGUUUACCUGGCUAUACCGGUGAACAUUGUGACUUUGAAGUAGAUGAGUGCGAAUCUGCUCCGUGUCGAAAUGGUGGUUCCUGUGUUGACGCGAUUGCCAACUACACCUGCUACUGCACGAUGGGAUACAGCGGUCAAAACUGUGACCAUGAUGUGGACGAUUGUACAGAGGGUGUGUGUAUCCAUGGCAACUGCACUGACCUUGUGGGUGGAUUCCGUUGUGAGUGCUUUCCUGGUUUUGCUGGUGAACACUGUGAGGCUAUCCUAGAUGCUUGUAUCGGUACCCCCUGCAAAAAUGGUGCAACCUGCAAAUCACAAGGGACUUCCCACACAUGCGAUUGCAUGGAAGGCUACUCUGGGCCAGAAUGUGAAAACACCAUCAAUGAAUGUGAUAGUCAGCCGUGUUUGAAUGGUGGGAUAUGUGCUGAUGAUGUCGCUGAUUACCAUUGUCGAUGUCAUGAUGGAUUUGCUGGGAAGAAUUGUGAAUUAACUUAUAGUAAGGAGUUUGACUUGGUGUUCAAGAAGCCGAGCAUUACAGACUGUGCUAUUGUGACAAUCAUGGCAGAGAAAUUGACAACUAUAACUGUUGCAUUCUGGAUGAGAUCACAUGACCAAUUAAAUUAUGGGACACCAUUCUCUUACGGUGCAAGCAGUAACUGGUUAGCUGCUGAGAGUAGCAACGUCUUUACUCUCUACGACUAUGGCGACCAGUUGUUCGUUAAUGGUGAAGUUGCACACCUUGGCUUACGUCUCAAUGAUGGGCAUUGGAAUCAUGUGUGUAUCAGCUGGGAAGGAACAUUAGGAUUAUGGCGAGUCCACCUCAAUGGCACGCUGGCAGUGGAAGGAACCGGCUUGGCAAGUAAUACGCAUAUUGAAGGUGGCGGGUCGUUUAUCCUUGGACAAGAACAAGAUUCGAUCGGUGGAAGUUUCAAUCGGCGUGAAUCGUUCAUUGGCGAGCUUUCACAGGUUCAAGUGUUUGAGGAUAUUCUAUCCGACCAGGAAAUCAGAGGCAUUAGUGAUAGAACGACGUGCACAACCCAUCCAGGAAAUGUCCUGUCUUGGUUGGAUUUCCCAAGAGGCAUCAAGGGGGAGGUCGAACUGAGGACAGACAGUUUUUGUCUCGAUGUCGAUGAGUGUCUCUACCCCGAUGUCUACCAUUGUGAUGGGAACCAUGCAUGUACAGAUCUGUUGGGGAGUUACUCCUGCAGUAGCUGCCAGCCUGGUUGGGUGGGGGACCGAUGUGACAAUCCCUUGGACGAGUGUCAGCCAUCUCCUUGCAAGAACAAUGGGACGUGUGUCGAUGGCAGCGGUCUGGAUGAUUGGAGGUGUAAUUGCCUACCAGGAUAUUUAGGUCGGGACUGUUACCAUGAAGUGGACCUCUGCGGAUCAAUGCCUUGUUUGAACAACGGUACUUGCAUCAAAAUGGCUGAAGGCUACAAGUGUUUAUGUCCAGCUUCAACCAUCGGCGAUUUCUGUCAGAAAAACUAUGACGACUGCCGAGGCAAUCCAUGCUUAAAUGACGCAACCUGUGUCAAGAGUCAUGAUAUGUUUCAUUGUGUUUGUCCUGCCGGAUUUCAUGGACGACUAUGUGACGAGAGGAUAAACUUCUGUGAGGGUGAACCAUGUCAAAAUGGUGGACUUUGCCUCUCUGAUUUGACUGGAUUUGAAUGCAGAUGCGUCAUCCCCUGGGUCGGGAGAUACUGUACCAUUUCCUACAAACCGAACUGUAACCAUUUUCCGUGCCUGAAUAACGGCACAUGUGUCUUAUCGAAUGCAGAUGACACUGGUUAUUUGUGCCGUUGCCCUGAAAUUCCAAACAUCACCUGGGGACCAAAUUGUGAACUACCAACUAUUUGUGAUUCCAACCCGUGCAAACAUGGUGGAACCUGUGUGCAUCUUAGUAGCAGUGAUUAUGCUUGCUUAUGCCCUGAAAUAUUUGACGGGGAAAACUGUGAGCUCGUCCGAAAAAUGUUCCCAUCUGUCACUUCAAUGUCUGACAUAACGAUCUUAGAAUCUUCAACCCUACGCUAUCAAGGUGCUGAAUCCACAUCUGAAAUACAUCAGCAGUCCCAGGAUAUACCAAGUACAACCAAUCCUGACAUGCAAAGUUCCUCUACUUCUUCAAGUUCAAGUUCAACACCGAGACCAACGCCGAAUCCAACUUCAUUCCCUGGCAUGACGUCAACUGCAAGGGUGACGUCUGUUCUGCCAACCCUGCUUGGCUCUAUUCCAGAGAUACAACCGACGCCUGUCCGUACAACACCUGAUACGCCCGUCAAGAUGGAAACAAGUGUCAUGAAGACAACAUCAGAGAUAGAUCUCUGUGGAGUUACUGCCUGUCAUAAUGGAGAGAUCUGUUCGUUUGAUGGGAACACAACCAGGUGUCGCUGUCCUGAUGGUUUCGGAGGGGACUACUGUGACAUCGUCAGAAAGAAAGUUAAAACUUCAUACGAUGUGACUGUAACUUUACUGAUGGUGUACAGCGACAAUCUGAAGGAGAGCAAGGAAUUUGAUUCCGAGUUCAAGAAAGCAAUUCAUCAAGUAUAUAUGCCGUUAGCGAAAAGAGGAUCAAGCAAGAUAUCCAUCCAGAUCAAUGGUAUCAGGAAGGGCAGUGUCGUGGUGGACUUCACACUCCAGCUCGUCCAGUAUGAAGACGAACCUGCCAUCACCAAAGAUGACAUGAUGAGUAUUCUGCGUGAAGAGCUCAAGAAUGGGAAGUUGGGGGACCUUUCUGCUUCUCAACAUUUUGGAUUUGAACUUCAAAUCGAGAAAAUGUCCGUGCCAGAUGGAGAUGACAACAAAGUUUACAUCACGGCGGGUGCUGUUACUGGUUGUAUUGUCUGUGGGUUAGUGUGUCUCAUGAUUGUAGCAGUCGUGAGGAACAGACGUCGCCAGGUGUAUGCAAGCAAGAGUUCUACGAGUAAAACUUACAGGAAACCGUAUCAUGGUGAUGUUGUCCUUUCUUCGAUCUCCAACACAGCAUUUGAGCCUGACCCUGGUGAUGAUGUUCAUGUACGACAACAAUUUGAGGAGCAUGUCUAUGCUGACAUCAACUACGAGCCAACACCAUAUGCCGUCACCACCAGGGCAGAUCUUGAGAGGAAUAAUAGUUUCUUCAAACGAAUGUCACAAGCUCAUCCCCUGAGGGGCACAGUACCAGCAGAAGAACGACCAAAAUCAGGUGUGGAUCAAAACAAAGGUGACGUCCCAUCAGAAACACGAAGAGAUUUGAACGUUUCUGGUGCUGGGCAGGAAAAUCUUGCAUUUGAAGAUGAUUACCUAGAACCCGUUGGAAUGAGUUCUGCCAGAAAUAAGCGACGUUUACCUAAUACAGGAUUCUGUUCGUUCGAGUAUCCAUCUAGUUCUCCAUGUGAGAGUGAUAACCUUGCAAUUGAAUGCAAAAGAAGCUCUGGGGGCGAAUCAAGUAUUUCUCAUCAGACAACUCCAAGUCCAGAUGAUAGUUAUGAGAAUCUUAACGGACAAAUCAUUAUCAGUCUAAGCCGAGAAAGUCUCAAUAAUGAAGGCAGCAAGUCUGCAUCCAGUGACAAUUUAAAGAUAAGUUCUGCGAGUCUUACAUCGUUAAAGAAGACCUCCCCUAGAGAUAGUCUGAAACGUAGUUUUGAGAGUUUACGGAAUAUUGGCAAAACAAGCCCGAGGAUUAAUCGUGUAAGGUUAAAGAGGAAUCAAAAUGGACGGGAAAAUGCUGUGUUUGAUGUGAAUGAUAUCCUGCUGCCAAUUUUUGAAGAGACGAGGCAAGAUUGUGUAGAGAAACAAAUAAAUACAAGUGGGGCUAGUAUCUCCAAAGAGGCGAGAAACAAAACUGUGGGAGCUGGACUCUCUAACAAUGAUAUUUAUAUGGGUAUCCUUCCGUUAAAAACGGUCAUUCCAACCCUUGAGCUUCCAAAACGCCCACCACCGGUCUUCAACCCAAAGGCGCGUACACUGCCGCAGCUACCUUAUCGACAAGAGGAAGAACGAAUACUCCGACUGCACGAGAAAGAGAAAUUACAGAGAGAGUAUUUCUGAUUUCUGUUCCAUGAAUUGGGCUUGCCUUUUUGUAGCCUUUUGAAGUAACUGUGAUCAGUUGUACAUGUAUAAUCUUGGCCUUAUGAAAAUGAGCAAGGGUAUCAUAGAUGUUACGUAGGCUGCAUUCCAAUCUGCUGAACAAUAGGUACAUGUACUGUAAAUCGUUGUAAAUAGAUUGAAUGAGUAACUGAAUACAUAUCAGCCGCCUUAUAAUUUUGUAGUUUUUUCACUGAAGGGCA